UAUAUGUUACGCGUGCCGGCCACAAGUUCAAAAUGUGGCUAUACAGGUUCGUGCUUUAUGGUCUCGUGCUUGUUUCGGCAUGUGCUGACCAGGAUGUGCAACUGGAGAUUCCUCAGGGGAUCCUGAAGGGAUUGAAGACUGAAACUAUUCUGCACAACAAGCCGUAUUAUAGUUUUAAGGGCAUUCCCUACGCGAAACCGAAUGUCGGCGCCGACAAAUUUCGGCCACCGGAACCAGCCGACCCGUGGGAAGGUGUGUACGACGCGACGAAACAUCGUUCCCCGUGUCCGUUUUAUUGCAUGAUCAAAAAGGGUCUGAUCGGUGAAGAAGAUUGUCUUUAUCUGAACGUUUACACGCCAGUUUUGGACAAGGAAGCUGGUAAGGCUGUUAUGAUAUGGAUAUUCCCUGGUGGCUGGAACAGUGGCAUGAGCGACGACGCUCUAUUUGGACCAGAUUUUCUGGUGGAGGACGAUGUGGUGAUUGUUACUUUCAACUUCAGGCUUGGAGCGCUUGGAUUCUUGAAUACCCAAGAUAAAAACGCUCCUGGAAAUGCUGGGAUGAAGGAUCAAGUUAUGGCGUUGAAAUGGGUGAAGGAUAAUAUACAUUUCUUUGGCGGUUGUCCGAACAGAGUUACCAUUUUUGGCGCCAGCUCUGGUGGUGCUUCUGUUCAGUACCAUAUGUUAUCUCCCAUGUCCGAAGGUUUAUUCAGCGGAGUUAUACAACAGAGUGGAACGAUACUCAAUCCGUGGGCGAUAACUUAUAAUCCAAGAGAACAGGCCUUUAUGUUGGGAGAGGCUCUUGGCAUAAAAACGACAGAUUCCGGAGAAUUAGUUAAAAAAUUGAGCGAGUUCCAUGCCGAAAACAUCAUUGCAGCCACUAACGAAAUAACGAAACACCAGAAUACGUUAAACGGACACAUGCAUAUAUUCGUUCCGUCCAUCGAAGUCGACAUGGGACAAGACAUGUUCCUUCCAACAGAUCCUUGGACCCUGUUAAAGUCUGGAAGGAUCAUGGACGUGCCUUUAAUGUCUGGAAUUGUCGUCGAUGAAUGCCUAUUUAUGGCGCAAGGUAGCAUAGAUGGAAUCGAGAUGUUGAAUACAGAGCCAGAGAUAUUCCUGCCAAAUGAUAUGAAUAUCACCGAUAUGAAUUACAUGAAGGAAGUUGGACAGUGUCUAAAGAAGUUCUACUUUGGUGACAACCAAGUGUCAAAGGACCACUUAAGCGAAUACACCAAGAUGUUGAACGACAUAUACUUUAACGCUGGGGAGUUUUUGUCUCUCGAUAUCAUGAGGAAUCGAAUUUCGUCUCCAAUUUAUGAGUAUCUAUUCUCUUACGAAGGACCAAUUGGUUUCAUGAAGAAUCUCUUUGGUAUUACCAAUGGUGUUGCACAUGGCGAUGAGAUAAGUUACUUAUUUUAUUCCAAUGCCUUUAAGAAUUUACCAGAGCCAGGUUCCUCGGCAGAAAAAAUGACAAAUAUCAUAACCAAACUGUGGACGAAUUUCGCGAAAGAUAGAGAUCCAACCUCGAUAUUAGAUGGAGAUAUCACGGUGAAAUGGGAACCGAUGGGCAGUGACAAUAAUUAUCUUAACAUUAAUCAAGAAUUAAAAAUGGAAAAAGAUCUAAUGAAAGAUCACCACGAUUAUUGGAAGAUGAAAUAUAAAGAUGCUAUGCCAUGAUCAUAACUUUGAUCUAUGUACAUUAUGUAUGAGUAGAUAGAUAUCACUUUUAAUGUUCUGCUCAAUAUAAUUAUAGUCAUAGAUAUAAUGACAAUAUUAAUUAUAAUUUAAUCUAGAAUAUAACACAUAACAUAAUGUCUAUCUAAUCUAUUUUCUUUCAAGCUCCACCACAUUACUCUCUUUAUCAUUAGAAAUCUCUUCAUUUUGACAAUUGCUUUGGAACACUGUUCAUAUUUUUGUCCUUUGUAAAUCAUUUUGUUUUACAACAAAUUGUAAUCUGAUGUUUUUAAAAUAAAUCAAUCUUUC